AUGGCGGGUGAAAAGAAAACCGAGAAGCCGGAUACUAAAGAGAAGAAGCCUGAUCCUAAGGAGAAGCCAGACACUAAGGAGAAGAAACCUGAAGCCAAGAAGAAGGCUGAUGCCGGCGGCAAGGUUAAGGUGCCUAAAAAGGGGAAGCCCCACUGCAGCCGAAACCCCGUCCUUGUCAGAGGAAUCGGCAGAUAUUCCCGGUCGGUUAUGUAUUCUCGAAAGGCCAUGUACAAGGGGAAGUAUUCUGCCCCUAAAUCCAGGAUUGAAAAAGAAAAAGGAGAAAGUCCUUGCUACUGUCACAAAACCAGUUGGUGGUGA